AUAGGCUGGGGCCUCCGCUUGAUAUACUGCUGGAUUCACUGAACUGCACAGCAUUCAGCGUGCAAUGGAGGAUGCCAAAGCAGCACGCAAGCACCGUCACGGGAUAUACAGUUUUUUAUUCAGAGGUCCAGGACGACAAAGCAGUUAAACAGCUCUCACAUGAUGUUCCCCUGAGUUUGGAUAUGCUUAGCAUGGGUCAACUUGAAGGACAAGCAAUUUUUGAGGUUGUUAUUGGUGAUCUGAAGCCAGGCACUCCACACCGUGUUAGUGUUGGAGCAUAUGGCUGGGCAGGGAAAGGACGACCCAGCAUGCCCAGAGACGUGACAACCUUAUCCCAAGAUAAGUGCAUGCCCCCUGCACCACCCUAUCAGCCCCAGAUUGUGGUUGUUUCUGAUUCAGAAGUUGCAUUAUCCUGGAAGCCUGGAGUGAGUGAAGGAAGUUCUCCCAUCCAAUACUACACAGUGGAGUUUAUCAGGCCAGACCUUGACAGCAAUUGGACGGUAAUAAGAGAGCAGAUCCAGAUGGAGUCCAUGGUUCUCAAAGGACUUCUCCCAAACACCAAAUAUCAGUUUGCUGUCCGAGCAGCAAACUCCUAUGGAUCCAGUCCUGCCAGUGAACCAAGUGACGUCAUCCGAACGUUCAGCUCUGAGGAGUUGGGAAGUGGAAGCUAUGGGCAUCGGUAUAUCACAGACACAGUGACUGGUGAUGAUGAUGGAUUUGAUAUCGAUGACUCAGAUUACGACAUUUACAUAGAAGAGCUCAGACCACUUCCUGCUAUCAAAGGAGGCAACAGAAAAUUUCUGGUCAAAACUAAGGUCACACCAGGGUCCAGUUCCAGGCUCCUGUCACGGGUCCUGACAACUACUUCUGAACCUACUACUUCCAUUCCUACCACCACAGAGCCUUCAACCACAGCAAGGGUGACAACAACUCGAGCGACAAGAAGGGGCAGCACAUCUUCUGCCUUGCGCCUCUUUGACCUCUCCUGCGAUGAGGCCAUCUGCUCUGCAGACAGCUUUUGCAUCAAUGACUACGACCGGGGUGGCUCACGCUGCCACUGCAACUUGGGAAAAGGAGGAGAGACAUGUGAGGAUGACAUUAUUAUCCAGUAUCCUCAGUUCUCUGGCUACUCGUACAUCACCUUUGAACCACUAAAAAACUCCUAUCAGAUAUUUCAAAUUACUCUUGAAUUCAGGGCUGAAUCGGAAGAUGGUUUGCUGCUGUACUGUGGAGAAAAUGAACAUGGUCGUGGUGAUUUUAUGUCACUAGCAAUCAUCCGACGUAGCAUCCAGUUCAGGUUCAACUGUGGCACUGGAGUUGCAGUCAUAACAAGUGAAAACAAAAUCAAGCUGGGGAACUGGCACAGUGUCACACUGUUCAGAGAUGGGAUGGAUGGAUGGCUCAGGGUGGACAAUGAUGCUCCAGUGACAGGAAAAUCUCAGGGCCAAUAUAGUAAAAUUACAUUCCGGACUCCCUUUUAUGUUGGCGGUGCCCCCAGUGUGUACUGGUUGGUCAGAGCCACAGGCACCAACCGUGGAUUUCAGGGCUGUGUUCAGUCACUCAGUGUCAAUGGGAAGAUAAUUGAUAUGAGACCCUGGCCAUUGGGGAAAGCUCUCAGUGGUGCUGAUGUCGGUGAGUGUAGCAGUGGCAUCUGUGAUGAGGCAUCCUGCAUCAACAGUGGUACCUGUACUGCAAGCAAAGCAGAUUCAUACAUUUGCCUUUGCCCCCUUGGAUUUAAAGGUCAUCAUUGUGAAGAAGCAUUCACCUUGGCCAUACCUCAAUUCAACGAGUCCUUAAGGUCAUUUGCUAGCACACCCUGGCCCUUGGAACCACAGAAUUACCUUUCCUUCAUGGAGUUUGAGAUGACAUUUCGUCCAGAUUUAGAGACUGGUGUCCUUUUGUACAGCUACGACACAGACAGCAAGGACUUCCUUUCCAUUAACAUGGUGGCUGGCUAUGUGGAGUUCAGGUUCGACUGUGGCUCAGGAACAGCUGUUAUCAGGAGUGAAGAACCUGUCAGUCUGGGCCAGUGGCAUGAGUUGCGAGUGUCUCGCACAGCAAAGAAUGGUAUCCUACAGGUGGAUAAACAAAAGCCAGUGGAAGGGAUGGCAGAGGGGGCUUUCACACAAAUUAAGUGCAGCUCUGAAAUAUUUAUUGGCGGAGUCCCUAGUUACGAUGCUGUGAAGAAGAACUCUGGGAUCCUUAGACCCUUCAGUGGGAGCAUCCAGAAGAUUAUCCUGAAUGACCGGGCAAUUGAUGUGAAACAGGAUUUCACUUUUGGGAUCAACCUAGCAAAUGCUGCCCACCCCUGUGUGAGCUCACCAUGCACAAAUGGAGGCACCUGUGUUCCCAAGAAGGACAGUUAUGAAUGCGACUGUCCCCUGGGCUUUGAUGGGCAACACUGCCAAAAAGCCAUUACAGAAGCAAUUGAAAUCCCACAAUUUAUUGGUCGCAGUUACCUCACAUAUGAUAAUCCAGAUAUCCUGAAAAGGGUAUCAGGAUCAAGAACAAACGUGUUCAUGAGGUUUAAAACCACAAUGAAGGAGGGUCUUUUGAUGUGGAGGGGAGACAGUCCCAUGCGACGUAACAGUGAUUUCAUUUCUCUAGGCCUUCAAGAAGGAGCACUAAUAUUCAGCUACAAUUUGGGCAGCGGCGUUGCUUCCAUCAUGGUGAAUGGCUCUUUCAGUGAUGGCCGGUGGCAUAGAGUCAAGGCUGUUCGGGACGGGCAGUCUGGAAAAGUAACUGUGGAUGAUUACGGUGCCAGGACUGGUAAAUCCCCUGGGAAGAUGAGGCAGUUAAAUAUCAAUGGAGAUCUCUAUGUAGGCGGCAUGAAGGAGAUCGCCCUGCACACGAACAGGCAGUACCUGCGGGGCCUGGUGGGCUGCAUCUCCCACCUCACGCUUUCCACCGAUUACCACAUCUCCCUGGUGGAGGACGCUGCCGACGGGAAGAACAUCAACAUGUGCGGGACCAAGUGA